AUGGAUUUACCUGGACUAAUACACGAUUUUCUUUUAGUCUUUCUGGGAUUGGGUCUUAUAUUAGGGGGUCUGGGAGUAGUAUUACUUGCCAAUCCCAUUUAUUCUGCCUUUUCAUUGGGAUUGGUUUUUGUUUGUAUAUCGUUAUUCUAUAUUCUAUCGAACUCCCAUUUUGUAGCUGCCGCGCAGCUCCUUAUUUACGUAGGAGCCAUAAAUGUUUUAAUCAUUUUUGCUGUGAUGUUCAUAAAUGGUUCAGAAUAUUCCAAAGAUUUCCAUCUUUGGACCGUGGGAGAUGGAGUAACUUCCGUGGUCUGUACAAGUCUUUUUGUUUCACUAAUUACUACUAUUCCAGAUACGUCAUGGUACGGGAUUAUUUGGACUACAAAAGCAAACCAGAUUAUAGAGCAAGAUCUGAUAAGUAAUAGUCAACAAAUCGGGAUUCAUUUAUCAACAGAUUUUUUUAUUCCGUUUGAAUUCAUUUCAAUAAUUCUUUUAGUUGCGUUAAUCGGCGCAAUUGCUGUAGCUCGUCAAUAA